AUGAGUGCCAAGCCUGAUGCGAUUCAAAACUGUUUGUGGCCAGCGUGCCUGGUAGGCCUGCUCUUCCCCAGCGUCCUCUCUUUGGAAUGUGGCUUGCUGAAUGUUCACCUGAAUAGAGUCACCUGGCAAAAUCUGAGAAUUCUGAACAAAAUGAGCGAUUCAUUUCCUGUAGAAUGUCUAACAGAAAACAAAGACUUUGAGUUGCCUCAAAAGAUCCUAUCAUAUACUCAGCCUAUGAACAGAGACAUCAUGGAGGCCUUCUACGAGAUGUUUUCACAGGUCUUUAACAUAUUCAGUCGGCACGCCUUCAAGUCUGCUUGGGAAGAGAAACACCUCAAACAAAUCCAAAUUGGACUUGAUCAGCAAAUAGAGUACCUAGAACGAUGCUUGGAAGAAGAGGAGAAAGAAAAUGAAGACACAAAACAGAUGGAAGAGAUCAGUUACUCAGGAGCUAGGGAGCCUCUGCUGAGCAACCUGGAACUGAGGAGAUAUUUUAACAGGAUAGGCAAUUUCCUGAAAGAUAAAAAAUAUAGUCACUGUGCCUGGGAGAUCGUGCGAUUGGAAAUCAGAAAGUGUUUCUACUACUUGCAGACAUUCACAAUGCUGCUCAGGAGGAAAUAA